UUUGACGUUUGGACUGUAGUGCACAACAACAUAGCAAUCACUGGUAUUGCAUUUGUAAAAGUGAUUGGGGAAUAUUAAACAAAACUUUACAAUAAACGGAGUUGUUUACAUAAAUAACUGUUAAAGUUUAUUGUUAUCCCAUUAAUUAUUCGUUAAGUUUUGAGUGCUAACAAUAUGCCUGCUAAAAACGAGGGGGAGGCGACAGAUGCCGAGGAUGUUUCUGGGGCCGAGUCCGAUCAUUCCAACUCCAGCCAAAAUCGAGAAUCGACGGACGAGGAAGCUAAUGAAAUGGACUCUGACGAUUCAUCUGAUAUGGAUUACAAUGAAAUGGAUAAAAUCCGAAGUGAAUAUUGUCAGGAUUUAGCCAGCCUCGAAAUGCAAUUUGAACAAUUGCGGGAGCAAUACUAUCAUGAACGCUAUAAACAAAAUGAACAACAAAUUGCCGAUGUACGCGAAGGCCGUUCGGAGGAAUAUUUAAUACCCUUGAGAGAAUUGGAUAAAGCUUACGAAAACCGCGUCGAAGUUGCGGAAAAGCUGCGUCAAUUUCGCUUAGAAAACAUUGAACAUAAAUACCAGUCAGAGAUACAAGCUGCGCAACAAAACUUUGAGAGCGAAAAGCAGUUAACUGUCGAUCAGAUAGAAGAGCAAUUAAUAGAGCGAAUACGACGAUUGGAAGAAGAUCGAAACAACGUCGAUAUAUCCUGGUCAGAUUGGGCGGUUGAUAGGCGCGCCAGUAAAGUGAGAGGGCCUGGGAGAAAAAAAGCUGUUACGGUUACUGGUCCCUACAUUGUAUACAUGUUACGUGAUGAAGAUAUUAUGGAAGAUUGGACGGCAAUACGAAAAGCGCUCAAACGGUCUACGGCGACCUCAGUCUCUACUGUGGCUAUAUGAUAAAAGCCGAAUUGCAAUUCUGUAGUCCUUAGUUUUCCUUUAGUUUUUAAAACUUAUCAAAUGGAAUGAAAUUUACCAAUUUAUGUAUAGUGCAGCCAGUUCUGUUUAUUUUAAAUUCUCUCAGGACGUAUAGAUAUAAUCUUUACAUAAUCGGUUUUUGUUUAAGUUAUAUUUCGCCAUUUCAGUUAACUCGAUUUAACGUUUCGUUAAUAAGCUAAACUAACUAUAUCUUAACUAUGUACUAGCGCAAUUCCCCCCAAAAAAAGAAAAAACAAAGACAUAAAAAAUAAAAAUCGUAUAGUUGUACUUUUAUAGAA